AACAUUUAUUUGUAAAAAAACUAUUGAACAUCUUGAAAGCAACAUAUUGAACUGGCAACAAUAACUUUUAGAGAUCAAGGCGCUCUCAGUUCUGAGUUUUGUAAGGUCAAAUCUCUUAUCAGAGAUGAACGUUAUAAAAAAUGGCAUUACGAUUUAUUGGUGUUUCAUAAUAGAUUUCCUUCAUCUUUCUAAUGUGUGAGUGUAACUGUGUAACUAAUUAUGCCUCUGACAAGCAGGUUUUGUAGGUUAUGUUCCAAUGAAUCCAUUAACUAUAGUCGGAGAUAUUAUUUUUUCAAAACGAGUGAAUAUGGAUAUAAACCAAGACAAACUUCUCUCAAAAGAGUUGACAAUGAGCUACUACAGAUUCGCAAGAAAAACAAUAAGAUUUUUCAGCUGAUAAGUGCUUACAGAGAACAUGGACACAGAAUAGCCAAAACCAAUCCAUUUUCUCUUGAUCAAUCAAGUUCUGUUCCAGAGCUUGAAAUCGACCGAUAUUCUUUGAGCCCGUCUGAUAAAUUCGAAUUGAAUGGGAUUUUGACAGUGGAUAAUGACACAGAAAAUUCAGUGGAUCAAAUUAUUGAGCUGCUGAAGAAAAUCUACUGUUCAUCUAUCAGUGUUGAAUUCACAUAUCUGCAAGAUGAAACAGAGAGAGAAUGGUUUGCCAGCAACUUUGAGAGGCUGUCCGAUCAAAAACUGGACCCUGUCAUUGAGAAGCGGGCAGCCAUUGAAAUGCUCAAAUCGCAGGCUUUCGACAGAUUCCUGGCCACCAAGUUUGUGACGCUGAAACGGUACGGAGCUGAGGGCGCCGAGAGUAUGUUCGCCUUCUAUGUCGAGUUCUUCAGAGCUCUCAGUGAAGCAAAGGUUGACGAAGUGGUGAUUGGAAUGGCUCAUCGAGGGAGACUUAAUCUUUUGACAGGAUUGUUACAGCUUCCUCCAGCAAAGCUGUUCCAUAAACUGGCCGGCAACUCAGAGUUUCCAAGCAGCGCCAAGGCUUAUGGAGAUGUCAUCAGUCAUUUGACCACAUCUAUAGAUAUAAAAGAAGGAGGACAUAAAAUACAUGUCACAAGUCUCUUUAACCCUUCACAUCUUGAGGCAGUCAAUCCUGUAUCAAUGGGAAAAACCAGAGCAAAAUAUAUGGCCAAACAACAAGGUGGAUACGGUGACGGAAUAUGGGGAGAGCGCAUUAUAAAUUUGCAAGUACAUGGUGAUGGUGCACUCAUGGGUCAAGGAGUCAACCAGGAAACAUUUCUAAUGAGCCAGCUACCGUUCUUCGAGGUUGGAGGAAGCAUUCACCUUGUAAUUAAUAACCAGUUGGCAUUCACAACGCCUCCUUACUGUGGCAGGGGGACGCAUUAUGCUACCGAUAUUGCAAAAAUAAUAUCUGCGCCUGUCAUUCAUGUGGAUGGAAGUAAACCAGAGUUAGUCAUAAAAGCAGCUAGACUGGCUGUAGAUUAUCAAAGAAAAUUCCGGAAAGACAUUUUCAUUGAUCUCAAUUGCUAUCGUCGAUGGGGACACAAUGAAUUGGACGAUCCCACUUUUACAAAUCCAAUGCUCUAUAAAAUCAUUAAAGACUACAGAAGUAUUCCUGAUCAGUACGCUGAUGCUCUUUUGGAAAGGGGAAAGAUGACCAAACGAGAGAUUGAUAGUACAAUAACCGAGCACACAGCAUGGCUGGGAGAGGAACUGAAGAAGGCUGAAAGCUUUGAACCAGAGGAAGAGUAUUUCAAGGGACGGUGGCAGGGAUUCUCGCAAGCUGAGUCAGCAAUAACUGUGUGGGAUACGGGCGUUCACCUCAACCUGCUGCAUCAUGUUGGAAAGAAAUCUGUCAGCUACCCAGAAGGCUUUAACAUUCAUUCUAAUGUGCUAAGAAGUCAUGUGCAAACAAGGCUGAAGAAAGUUGCUGAACAAUUGAGUCUUGACUGGGCAACUGCUGAAGCUCUUGCAUUUGGAUCGUUGCUUUAUCAAGGAUACACCAUUCGUCUGAGCGGCCAAGAUGUGGGCAGGGGAACGUUCUCACAGAGACAUGCAAUGCUUGUGGAUCAGGAUACUGGAUUAGUGCAUAUUCCUCUUAACAAUAUGAUAGAAGACCAGAAACACAAACUAGAGAUUGUUAAUAGUUUACUUUCGGAAGAAGCCGUUCUAGGCUUCGAGUACGGAGUAAGCAUCGAAAAUCCGAGAAAUCUGGUUAUUUGGGAGGCUCAGUUUGGGGAUUUUUUCAAUGGCGCUCAAAUUCAAAUUGAUGCUUUCGUCACUUCUGGUGAAGCGAAAUGGAUGCAGUGCAGUGGCUUGGUGAUGGUUUUGCCGCAUGGCUACGAUGGGGCCGGACCAGAGCACAGCUCGUGUCGACUGGAGAGGUUCCUGCAGCUGACAGACUCCAGUGAGACCCUGCCCGACGGAGAGGAUGUCAACUUCCAUGUCGCCAACCCCACCACGCCUGCCCAGUAUUUCCAUCUUUUGAGGAGACAGAUGUUGAGAAACUACAGAAAACCAUUGGUCAUUGUGGGUCCUAAAAUAUUGUUGAGACUUCCUGAAGCAACAUCACCUCUGUCUGCCAUGGAACCCGGUACACAUUUCCAACCAGUUAUUGAUGACGAUGAUUGGAGCUUAGAUAAAAGCAAAGUGUCCAGAGUUAUUCUGACGAGUGGGAAGCACUACUACGCUAUCAAAAAGCACAUGAAAGAGAACAAAAUCAAAGAAACGGCCAUUGUUCGCGUCGAAGAGCUGUGUCCGUUUCCUACGUGGCACUUGCAACGAGAAUUGACCCGCUAUUCAAGAGCUAAAGUUUUCAUAUGGAGCCAAGAAGAGCCUCAAAAUAUGGGAGCUUGGACUUUUGUUAAACCAAGAUUCGAAAAUCUUGUUGGCAGAAAGAUUGUCUAUGCAGGAAGAAAGCCGUUACCAGUUCCAGCUGUUGGAAUCGGGAAAUUGUACAGAGAAGAAGCUGAAUUUGUUGUGAGACAACCCUUCCUAAUCUAAUCCUUUCCUGUCUGUUACCUCUAUUAUUUAUUGUAUGGAAAUUUUACGAAUUGUCUAUUUAUUAUGUGUAGUAAAUGUAUUAUAAUAAAGAUUUACAGAAAA